UUGUCUCAAUUCCACUCUGAUAAUCUGCGAUACUCCUCUGUUGAAAGACCUCGUUCUGUGCUGCUUCUGCUUCUGCUCGUUAUUUUUCUAUCCCCUGGUUCCAAUACCCAGAGAUCAUCUGUUGUUUCAAUUUCCUAGCCUGCGAUCGCAAAAGUAAACAAUCAAUCUUUUUGCUUCCACCAUCACAUACCCACUCAGAGCCAGAAUUAUCACACAAUAAUUAAAGAAACAACACAAGAGCUGUGUGUCUGCUGUGUACUGGUUUUACUCUCCUUUAAAUAGCUAAAGUUUAGAGCAAAAUGCCUCCUGGACCCUUAUUAGAAUCCUCGCCUCUAAAGGCAGUUCGAAGGCCAUCUUUCAUUAUUCACAAUGACAACGAAAUCGAAAAUGAGCUUGAAAAUGAUUUAGAAAUUCACCAUGAACUUAUCAAAAGCCAUAAAACAAUAAACAAUUCACAAAACAUUAAUAAUAUCGACGACAUCGACGAUAUCAACAGCAUUGACAAUAUUGCCAAUAUUAAUAAUAUUAACAAUAUUGAUAUUGAUAAUUCAACUUCUAUGGACUUGGACUUUAAAAAUGACCUAUUGUUUCAAUCACUGGCUCAGCAACAAUUGAAUUUCUUCUCAACUGGCUUGACUCCAAUCAACUUAAACACUCAUCAUAGCUUGAAUUAUAACGAUCUCAAUAAUUUAAACUUCAAUUUAUCUAACCUAUCCAACUUAUCCAGUUUCAAUAAUAGCAAUACCAGUAUCAAUACCAAUAACAAUUUAAAUUUAAAUUUCAAUCCAAAUCUACUCUUCAACUCUCCUGGCUAUAAUAAACUACUAAACUCAGUCUCCAAAAAAUUCCAAGUUUAUCCCGAUAAUAACGAUACAAAUAACACCAGUUUAAAUUACAACAUCAACACAAACUUACAAACUCCUUUUCGAAAAUCAAAUCUAAGUACAAUAACAAACUCAAUUACAAAUUCAAUUUCAAAUUCAAAUCUAAACUCAAAUUUGAAUUUCAACAACUCAACCAUAAAUACAACAAGCAAUAAUCUAAGUAAUUUAUCAAUUUCAAAAUCAAAUAUCCAUAUCAACCUUAUAAAUAAUGAAAUUGACGAUAUAAACAAUGUAAACAACCUUGAAAACACUUCCAAAAACCAAUUCCUAUUAUCCUCCUCUCCAACAAAAUCAACUAAAAUUUACAAUUUGUCCAAAAACGAUAUCCAAUUUUCAGAUUUUAUAACAGAUACUCCCCAAAGAGAUAUGUUUAAAACUGAAAUUGAAGAACCUGAUAAUCUUACCAAACUCAACUUGAUUGAAAAACUUAAUAAAAAAAAUACCAAUGAAAACACUACUAAUAAAGAUAAAAAUAAAAAUAAAAAUAAUAAUGAUAAUGAUAAUGAUAAUGAUAAUGAUAAUGAUAAUGAUAAUGAUAAUGAUAAUGAUAACAAUGAUAAUAACAAUGACAAUGAUAAAAAUAACAAUCUCGAAUAUCAACAUAACCAAAAUGAUACAAAGCUUUUAACUAAUCACAUCAAUCAUAACAAUCAAACCAAUGAAGACAAUCACAUCAAUAAAAACGAUAUUAUUAAAACAGAAGAAAUUCUUUCUAAUGAUAUUUUAGGAAACAUUAGUUUUGAUAAUGAAAAUGAUUUAUUAACUUUCCUUGAUAUCUUGAAUAAUCUGAACAACAAUAUCAAUAACAACUUGAAUAAUUUAAAUAAUAACAACAACUUCAAUGCCAAUGCUAACCUCAAUUCUAAUAAUGAAUUUGACUUUUCAAAUUUCAAUAUACUAAAUAACCAAUUCCUACAAAACUCAAUCAAGAAAUCUUGUAAGAAAAAGAGAAAAUUUAAUCAACUAAACUCUUCCCCAAGCUCCAAUCUAAUUAAAAGAAACAUUAAUCUAAAUCUAAACAUCAACCCAGUUUCAAAUAAAAAUAGAAUUGAUAACUUGUUGAAAAAUUUCAAUGACAUCGAUGACCAUUUAAAUUACGAAUUGCCUUCCCCUUUUAAUAGUUUAAACAACUCACUUACAAACUUAAUCGACCCAAAUAUCGAUGACCAAAACAAAUACAAUCCAAAUUUUAAUACAGCUAAAAACACUGAUAAUACUAAUGAGAAAAAUAUUGAUCAUCUCAAUAUUGAAAACGAUUCAAAUUAUCAUCAUAAUAACACCAACGAUAUCAUCAAUACAAAUAAUACCGAAAAAAAAAAUAGCAUGUCAAAUUUACAGAAAAUGAUUUACAAAACUCCUAUUAAACUCUCAACCAAUAGAUUCUUUUCUAAGCUACACCACAGUAGAUAUAAAACUCCAGCUGAUCAAAAAAUUACUGUCAUAUCAUCGCCUUCAACUAUUGUCGUGCCAAGUCCAUCCAUCAAUUUAUUAAAUAAACCAAAGAGCUUUAGUAUAAAUAAUAUCAAUAGUAUAAAUGUUAAUAAACUAACUGGAAACACAAAAAAUAAUAAAAACGACGAUAACAAUAAUUGUAAUAAAGACAUUGGUUCAAAUAUAAAUCACGAUAAUAUGCUAGGUAGUCCAACAAGAAAAAAAACAAUCUUAAAUUCAAACACACACUUAAAAACUCAGUCAUAUUCAGAAGGAUUUGGUCCCAGAGCUCCAACAAUGGGAAUAUUUGAUCAGAAAAAAGGCAGUGGUAAAGAUAAUGGGUUGCCAGCAAUAAGCACAUUUAAAAAUCAUCAUCACCCUAAAAACUUUUUCUUGACUAAUAAAAUCAAUAACAUUAAUAUUAUUAAUAAUGUUUUCAAUAAUCAUAACACUAAUAAUAACAAUAACAAUAACAAUAACAAUAACAAUAACAAUAACAAUAACAAUAAUAUUUUUAACAAUAAUAAUGUUAAAAAUAAUAAAAAUAAGAAUAGGAAUAAAACAUCAAACAGUUUACCUACUGGACAAAACAAAAGCAAAAAUCACAGACAUGGAAUGAUCCAGUUUAUAUUUCCAGACGUAAAAUCAUUAGUCAAAAACUCAAAUGAUAAAAGUAAAAGAAGAAGAAUGAAUGAAGCUAACUUGGCAAAUGGAAAAAGGAAAUUGGGAAGAUCUUUAUCAGUAGUUGAUGCAUCCAAAACUAAUAUCAGAAACAAUUCAAGUAAUAAAAAAGACAAUAAUAGAGUAUUUGUCAAAAAAGAAAUUGAAGAAGACAAGAAUAUAAUAAUUGACCAAAAAAAUGAGAAAAGUAACUUGCAAAGAUGCAAUUCAGCCCCAAAUUACCAUACUACCAAAAAUAAACCAUUAUAGAUUUUUUUUUGUUUUGAACAACUAUUAUAUCUUAAUGCCAAUAGAAGAUCAUUAAUUUUUUCAUCAUUGAUUUAUUUAAAUUUAUAUUUUGUUUUAAUUAUUUUAUUUUGUUUUAUUUAACGGUUUUUUUAAAAUUUUUUUUAUUUUAAUAUUUUGAUACC